GUUGUCACACGUGCACGAUGUGUGUAUUGGCAGGUGAAUUUGGUCAUGGAAUAGACUUCUAGACAGAUUGGAAUACACAAAUGAGUGUUGGUCACUGGUCAUUUCUUUGGUUGGAAUCUGUAGCUCUGACCUGUCUAUGAAACAAUGCUAGAAAUGGUGCCUAUAACUGAUCCAUUCUGUUGAGGAAAGUUGUUAAUAAUAGUUUGUACCUACUAAUGGAGCUGUGUGAGUGGUUGGUGAACUGGAGUGUCUCACUAGGUGAGUUGAUUCCUGGAGUCUGCUGAUGGCGGUCAGAUAGCGCGACGUCAGUCUGGACGGAGACAGGGCUCCCACUCUAUUCAGCUGAGGUGAAAGGUCCGUCUGACUUGUUCGUGCCUGCUCACCCAUAACGUCCUAAUAAGCUCUCUUUCUCCAGUGUCCCUCCUGACAAUGUAAUCAUUGUGCUUUGGGCCAAUGACACUAGUGGAUGUUGUGGAAAUCUAUUGUAGACUCCUCAGCGCUUUAGCGCUCCUUUCUUCCGUAAAGAUGUAAAGUUAAUUUCAAGUAGCGGUCAAAGCAAUGGUAUCUUGCGUAUGUGAUUCUGGAUAUUACCAUUUUCCGUUUAUUGUCGUUCCUUAAUGGUUUUUUAAAAACUUUAUUUGACUUAUGGAGUAUUAUCUGCGAAUCUCUAGAGGCUGUUUGAUUCAUGCACCCUUUACCUACUGGGGUAUUAUAAUGGCGUACAGCAACCAGAAAUGCUCUAUUCUGAUGUUUUUGUUCAAGUCAAUUUCAACGCCAAGUGUUCAUGUUGGGUUAGUGGGUUCAACAUAGUUUCUGAUUCAUCAUACUGUAAUGCCAAUUGUUUCGAACAGGCUGUUUAUAAUUUUCUCCCAUAGACAUUAUCAAAGUAAUUAUUCCCACAUUACAUGAUAUCCACUUCCAUUGGAGCAGAUAUGCUGGCCUUUCCUCGGCAGAUCCGUUCUGCAGCUGUUCUUUCAGAGCACCACAAAGUGUAUAAUUUGCCCACUGAGGCCUGAACAUUUCAGAAAGCAGAGGCGCGCAAGAGAAAGAGCGUGAUGGAAAGAAUAGUCCUCCGACAGCAAUCAUUUCUCUGUGCACAGUAAUUUGGCUGUCAGAAACAGCUGGCAGUAUGGACUGAGACAAUAGCAGAGCAGAGGGAGAAGGGAAGAGCUUGCCUUGCUCCGAGACAGAGCGAGGGAUCCCUGGCUGGCCUGCUGGAGGAUCAGGUUACACACACGCUGUCAUUAGCAGCAGACUGUGCCAUGCACAGAGAUGCAGGGCUUCAAGUCUGAGCAGGAAUCUGGGGCUGGCUCAGGCGUGGUGGUGUAAUUGCCUCGGUCUCAAACCAGCCUGCGAGUGAGAGAGAAGAGGUUGUGUGAGAGAGCGGAGGGAAGGAGGAAGAGAGAGGGAGGCGGGACUUGGCGGAGACUCCAACGACAGACGAGCGAUCUCCUACAGUCCCGCUGUGACGCCGGCGCGUUUUGGAUUCUAACCCAUUUUAAACAUUGUGCAUUGUGCUACAGACUGCUGGGUUGUUGCAUUGGAUUCGUCUAUUUCUUCUGCAUCCACUAAUACCAACCAUUAGUUAACUGGGGCUGAGCUAGAGCUGUGUUUUGCUCUACGACGCUUACAAGUUACAAGAGAGUCGUCGGGAGGUCUACAAUGUUAGAUGGCGACAUGUUUUUCCUGGUCUUCAUACUUCUGGUUUUACCCUCUUCCAGCGUGAAAGAUGAGGGGAGCGUGAGCGACUACGAGUGUGCGUGCGAUGGGCCGUCGUGCGACGUAGGAGACCGGUGUUUUGGUCAGCAGUGCUUCUCGGCCCUCUCUGUCCAGAACGCCAUUUCCGUCCAGCAGAAGGGGUGCGUUGUGGGGCGGAGCGAGGAGUCCAUAAGUUGCGAAAGCCCCCCAUCCCAUAACCUGAUGGUGGAGUGCUGCCAUGGCGACCUUUGCAACAUGAAUGUCACAGUGGCAACACCAGCGAGAGAUGAGGAAGUGAUGCCUGCCUUGCGAGACAUUGAGUGUGUGUGUGAGGGGCGGUCGUGUGAUGGCGGAGAGCGCUGUACGGGCCGGCAGUGUUUCUCCUCUAUCAAGAUCAGUGACGGGUUCGUGGUGCACCAGAAGGGCUGCCUUCAGGAUGACGACCAGGGGAGAGCCACCUGUGCCACCCCUCCUUCUCCCAGCCGCAUAGUCAAGUGUUGCCAGGGGCACCUGUGUAACGUGAACAUCACUGUGGAAGCAACAGCCAAAGAGGAUAAAGUGAAGUCUGCUGGCGAGCACGAGUGUGUGUGCGAGGGGCGCUCGUGUGCCACCGGGCGGCGCUGUAUAGGCCAGCACUGCUUCUCCAGUCUGACGGUCAGCGACGGAGCCCUGGUCUCCCAGAAGGGCUGCUUCAAGGUGUACGAGCAGAGCAGGAUGACCUGCAAGACGCCGCCCUCCCGCGACCAGAUCGUGGAGUGCUGCCAGGGCCACCUGUGUAACAUGAAUAUCUCCGUGGCGCUGCCUGUCAUAGCAGGCGACCUUCCCAACUACAGCUUGACUACACUGGCCAUCGUCAUCGUGGCUCCGGUCAUCGUGCUCAUUGUCCUCUCAGGCAUCGCCAUCCUGGUGUUCAGACGGAUACACCAGAACCAGAUGGAGAGGCUGACGGCCCGGGAGGCGGAGUACGGCACCAUAGACGGACUCAUAGCCUCCAACGUGGGGGAUAGCACACUGGCGGAUUUGCUGGAUCAUUCGUGCACGUCGGGAAGCGGCUCCGGACUCCCCUUCCUAGUUCAGAGAACCGUCGCCCGACAAAUCACACUCAACGAAUGUGUGGGUAAGGGGCGCUACGGUGAGGUUUGGCGAGGCCAGUGGCAGGGGGAGAGUGUGGCCGUGAAGAUCUUCUCCUCCAGAGAUGAGAAGUCCUGGUUCAGAGAGACUGAGAUCUACAACACAGUGCUGCUGAGGCAUGAGAACAUCCUGGGCUUCAUCGCUUCGGACAUGACUUCCCGAAACUCGAGUACACAGCUGUGGCUAAUCACACACUUCCACGAGAUGGGCUCCCUGUACGACUACCUGCAGCUGAGCACCCUGGACACAGCCAGCUGUCUGCGCAUGGCUUUGUCCAUCGCCAGCGGCCUGGCACACCUCCACGUGGAGAUCUUCGGCACCCAGGGCAAGCCGGCCAUCGCCCACCGAGACCUCAAAAGCAAAAACAUACUCGUCAACAAGAACGGCCAGUGCUGCAUCGCCGACCUGGGUCUCGCUGUGAUGCAUUUCCAAGACACAAACGAGUUAGACGUGGGCAACAACCCUAAAGUGGGCACGAAGCGCUACAUGGCCCCAGAGGUCCUGGACGACUCCAUCCAGAUGGACUGCUUUGAGUCCUUCAAGAGAGUGGACAUCUGGGCCUUUGGCCUGGUCCUGUGGGAGAUUGCAAGGAGCACGGUCAGCAACGGCAUUGUAGAGGACUACAAGCCUCCCUUCCAUGACGCGGUGCCCAGCGACCCCAGCUUUGAAGACGUGAAGAAGGUGGUGUGUGUGGACCAGCAGAGACCCAACAUCCCCAACAGAUGGUUCUCAGACCCAACUUUAACGUCCAUCGCAAAACUUAUGAAGGAGUGCUGGUACCAGAAUCCAUCCGCCAGAUUAACGGCGCUACGCAUCAAAAAGACUCUGACAAAAAUCGACAACUCUCUGGACAAAAUUAAAACGGACUGUUGAGCUUCUUCCUUGUUGGUGCGCAGGGAGAGGAGACCUAAAGGCCUUUAAAGACAUCCAGCAGGCAGUUCGGUUCCCCUGGACAACACACAGGAGAAAAUGGACCGGUUGGGCUCAGUGCUCUUAAAGUGGCACAUUUGUAUUUAUUUUAAACACUUGGUGGGACACAUUUUGGCAUCCAAAGAUGGCUUACAGGGCAUUUAAGACUGCCAAUAGUCUUGGAUAUUAGGUGACUAUCCCUUUUUAAGAUAUAGGAAUAUUGAACUAAUAGUCACGUUCUUCAAGGAAGAAACUGUUACCUGGGCAUUUGAGUACUGUAUAUCGCUUUAGAGCUGCCGAUUUUCUGAGAAAUGUCUGAACAUAUUUAAUUUAGCAAUAUUGGCCGUGCUUUAUUGCUGUUUAUUGCACUAGCAAUCUUUGCAUUCCUGGCUUGCACUGUUGCUGAUGCAUUUGGAGAGAAAAAACAACUUGCCAAAAAUGUUUUGUUUUAUAGUUCACACAAACUCCAGUAAUCAGAAUGAGGAAAAAAUAGUUUUUUGCUUUCACUGCAUCUCUUGUGCACUGCUGUUUACAAUAUUGUUAGAACAAUUCUCUUGGUAUUUCAUCCGACCUGUAACGUAUUUAGCUAACACACUGUGUUGUAGAAUUGUGCUGCAGACAGUUAUAGCCACUCUUUACUUCUUACUUUGGCGAUGUCGUCUAACGUAUCCUGUCACAGAAACUUUUUUAUAUCGCCAUACAUUUCACAUUAUGUACCUGUUCUUUUGUUUGGUUGUUUCAUCAGCUUAAUUGAGACAAAUCCUAAAAGAGCAAAUCAAAUAUUUACUAGAUGAUGCUGAACUCACUUCAUACAGGAGCAGAAGUUAUGCCUGUAAAGUAAUAUUGUCUUAAUUUGUGCAUUGUCAAAGUAAUUGAAGUCAAACUUCAGCCUUUUUUUCUUUUUCUUUUAACAUUUUAUAUCAAGUAGUGAUUUCUAUGAAUUAAAUAGAGAAAAACAUA